ACUGAGUCAUCCAAACAUUGUUCGUCUGGUGGAUGUCUUUGAGGACAAAUCACAUGUCUACCUGGUCAUGGAAUUAGUGUCUGGGGGCGAGCUGUUUGAUCGCAUUGUGGAGAAGGGCAGUUAUACAGAGAAGGAUGCCAGCCAGCUGAUUCAUCAGAUCCUGGAGGCUGUGGAUUACAUGCAUGACAGGGGCGUGGUGCAUAGGGACCUCAAGCCAGAGAAUCUCCUCUUCUAUAGUACUGAGGAGGAUUCUAAAAUUAUGAUCAGUGAUUUUGGCCUGUCGAAGAUGGAAGGCACUGGAAUCAUGGCCACCGCAUGUGGGACACCUGGAUACGUGGCCCCAGAGGUUCUGGCUCAGCAACCAUACGGCAAGGAAGUAGACUGCUGGUCUAUAGGUGUCAUCUCCUAUAUCUUGUUAUGUGGCUACCCCCCAUUCUAUGAUGAGAAUGACGCAGAACUCUUCAAGCAGAUACUUAAAGCACAGUAUGAGUUUGACUCUCCAUUUUGGGAUGAGAUUUCUGACUCUGCAAAAGACUUUAUCAGACACUUGAUGUGCAAGGAACCGAAAGAUAGAUACUCAUGCAAGCAGGCAAUAGCACAUCCCUGGAUUUCUGGGAAUGCUGCCCUGGAGAAGGACAUCCAUGCUUCUGUCAAGGCACAAAUGCUCAAGACUUUUGCUAGAACCAAGUGGAAGCAAGCUUACAAUGCCACAGCUGUCAUCAGACAGAUGAGGAAGCUGGUGGUCAACAAGGAAGAGAGCACUAACAACAACUCCUCCAGCCCACUGCCACAACCACUGGAUAACGGCAGACUUCAGAUCCACCCUCUCACUGUGCUGCUCCUGCCUCUACAGACUCAUCACCUUCCACACAGCUUCCUGUGGAGGAUCAUCUGUACCUGCAUGAAUUGUUCGUUGGGAGCGUCAAGCUGGACCAUGUGGAUUUGUAUCUUUGAGUGGUCUGCACACGUUUCCUUUUUCUCUGUGGAGCUGGGUUUUCAGUUGACUCAAGAAUUGUGGGGCUUUUUGCCUACAUUGUGUCUAGAUUUUGAGUCCAAGAAUGAUGGAAGACUGGUUGGGGUAACAGCUCUUACCUGUUUGAAUUGUGAAGCUUGUACAGAUCGGCAUCAUGACUGUUAA